AUACCGAUCAUAUCACAGUCAACAACAUGGCUACCGACAUGGCAGACAGCGCUAGUGCCAGUGAGAUAGAAAGUGACACGGAUAGUACCAAGAUGUCCAUUCCAAUUCCUCGACGGGAGGAGCUCUUCAAUAGAAUUGCCAGUUUGGAGCAGGAAAAUAAGGUUUUGAAGAUGGAAUUGGAGACGUACAAGAUGAAAUGCAAGUCUUUGGUGGCCGAAAAUCGAGAACUUCGGAAGGCGAGCGUCAACAUCCAAGCACAAGCAGAACAAGAGGAGGAAUACAUUAGCAACACAUUGAUGAAAAAGAUCCAUUCACUGAAGAAAGAGAAAGAGAAACUGGCUGUUAAUUAUGAACAGGAAGAAGAGUAUCUCACCAAUGAUUUGUCAAGGAAAUUAACCCAGGUAUGAUGACCAGGGGUUUAGCCCCAUGUUCACACUAAACAAAGUCGUUUUCCUUUGCUGUGCAAUUCAUCAGCAACGACUGUCAGAACACUGCCAUAGAAAUAUUCUAAUUCAGGGGGCCGUUUCAUAAAGCUGUUUGUAAGUUAAGAGCGACUUUAAGAGCGACUGGUGAACCUUUCUUACGCGCUAAAUAAUCACCAAUGAACAUUAAUGGUGAAUAUCAUUUACCAUAAGAAAGGAUCACCAGUCGUUCUUAAAGUCGCUCUUAACGUCGCUCUUAACUUACGAAUAGCUUUAUGAAACACCCGCCUGGUAUGAUAACCAGGGGAUUAAGCCCUAUGCUCACACUCGUUUUCGAAAUGGUUUUGCUGUGCAAAUCAUCAGCAACAACUUUCAUAGAAAUUUUCUAAUUUGAACUUUUUAUGUUGCACAAUGUCUGUAAAAUGCACAUUAGUCAGUAAAACGAGUUGAUAUAACUUCUAUACUAAUUGACUAUAAACAAGUGAGCUAAGGGGAAAUGUUUAUUUCAAUUUCAAGGAUGAGGCUGAAAUUCUUGUUUCAGAUCAAGGAGGGUUUUUUUUUUGUAAACUGAUGGGAAGGCAUAUACAUGUAUUUGGUAUGGAUAUGUUUCUUGACAUUUACAAACAAAACAGUUUAGUAUUAUGAAACAUACUAUUUGAGAGAUGGAAAAUAUAAUCUUUCCUUUAAAUUUAAAAGUAUUCUUUUCAAGACGGAAUUGAUGAAGUAUCUUGGUCUUUGUGUGUCUGGACUUUUGAAGAGGUCCCGUAUAAUUCCUAAACUGCAGGAGCAUGUGCGAUAGGGAACUUGUUUCGACCAUGAAAACAUAAAACUUGAGAAAUUUAGGUAGUGUUCAAUGCUCAUUGACAUGUUUUUGGCAGUUUGAUGAAGAGUUUCGGAUACGAACACUGUUGCUAAAAAGUGAUGAUUAGCUUUUAAACACUAAAAAAAUCCAACUAGAGUCUAAACAUUUUCUAUCUAUGAACAGGCUGUAAUCACCAAACAAGGGUCUGCUGAUUAAGCACUCAAAUUAUUUGCAAUCCAAGCAAAUCUAGGAUUACACUGACUUCCUGCAUUUUCUUCCCUCUAGAUUACAAGAUUAGCGUUUUUUCUUUUGAUUUCUGAAUAUAAACAGCCGAAAAUGUAAAUAAUAUGUCUACAUAUAAUGUUAUAUAUACUGAUGUUCAUGAGUAAUGCGCCCUAAUAACAUAUUCAUUUUGCAUUUGAAGAAAAGGUGUACAGGCGUAUGUGUUUUCAUAUAGAAAUGUUGAAGGAAGAAAGGCAGUGCGUGCUAGACUAGGGCCUUGGGUCUGCAACACAAAGCCCAGCAAACAAUUGAUUUUUGUGAUUGAUUUCACAUGAUUCAUACUUUCAGUUGUGAAAAUCAGUCCUUUGAUCAUUCAUCCUUUGUAUUUAUUGGACCCACAUGAAUAGCUCAUCAAGUCACCAACGGUCAAGAGCACUUGGGAAAGCAUCUUUCAUUGUGCACUUUGAAUGCAUUGCCUUGGUUAUCAUUUGGCCUCCUUGUCCAUCAUGGAUAUUAUGUUAUUCUUGAUUAAUAUGAUUUGAAGCAGUAUAAAGAAAUACACACAUUAUCAUUACUUUUUCAUUAAUUGGAAGCCACAACAUCAAUUAUAUUUAAAAUGAUUUUCUUUUCUCAUGUAUAGAAUAAAACUGCAAAAUGGUUCAUUCUACCAUGUAGGUUCAGUGACUACAAUGUUUGCUGCUUUUAAUGCAUAGUGCGUGACUUUUUGGUAGAGUUAACGUUAGAACAAUGAUACUAACAAAGACUGGUAUAUCAAUGGCACUGUCAGUUAACCCUGUCAUUUUGUAUUAAUGGCAAAUAGCAGCUGCCAAGCAAUUAAAAAAAAACAAUAUUCAGUAAAUUACCAUUUCUUAAUGUGAGCAAAUAUAAAACAAAAGGCAAUGGGUGGCACUGUAUUAAAGCAAUGAUAAAAAACUCAUAAUAUAGGCAAACUUUGUCCAAAAUUAGAAUCCAAUAUGCUAGAGAUACCAAUUGAACAGCACUAGCUCAAUACGAAAUUUAUCCAUAUAGCUCAUUCAUGGAUGUUGUAUGCUUCAAAUACCUACAGUAGGUACAUUUCAAUCAUGUAGUCUUGAAAAAAGUUGAAAUAUAUAUGUCCACUUGAAUGAUAGAUAAUUUUCCACCAUUAUCAUUCAUACUUUACUUACUAUGCUUGUAGGACUAUGCCUGUUCAUCGGUCCAAGAGAAUAAACUGUAUGCUCCACAUUAGAAUAUUUACCAAGAGACAAUAUUUGCACUCUGCUUCCCAACAUUAUUGAAAAUUAAAGGGCCUAAUGAUUAUCAUAUAUCUUUUUAACACCCAGAUUCUCAAAGUGUUUUUGAAUGUUUUGUAAAGUGCAUCCUCCUGAACCAUACAGGCGCAUGGCAGGGUGUUCUCUGAAACAUUUCCCAUAGACUCGGGUGUUAAAGUGGCACUUUAAAAAAAUUAUAAAAAAUAAGGAUGAAAUUCGAGGGUUGAAUGUUUACUACCGGUGGAUAGGAUAUAUGUCUGACGUACCUCGACCGACUCAUUUGAAAAAUAAAUCGGCAUUUGUGACGACUACACCUGACAGUAAAAUGGCCCUAAUUCUUCCGCCAGAAAAAAAAGUAGUUCCAAAGUGGUGAUAUAUCUAAUCUUCCCAAUUUGGAAAAAGGAAGUUCAGUAGUUACCCUCCCUAGAAUCAGUGUUAGAUUGUCAACCAUAUUCAUUCAUUUUUGUCAAUCAGCAAUAUCAAAUUUAAAAGUUGAGAAUGGGUUGGCUUGAAUGAAUAUCUUUUGCUUGCCAGUAACUUGUAAUUAGGCACGUGUAACCUGCUAGACUUCCUUGGAGUACAGUCUCCCUUUAAAUUUGAGUUUAAUUUUCAGAAUACUAUCCAAUGAAUGUGUGAUAUGUUUGGUGCCGAGUGAUGUAAUGUACAGUUCAUAUAAAUGAUCCGAGAUGGAAGGUACAUGUAGAUCAUGUCUGUAGUCCUACAUGUACAUUAUUAAACAUGAUACGAUAUAGUAUC